AUGAGACUCAAUGUCUGGUAUCUGAAUUAUCAAUGCAUCGCUGCCGUGCUAGAUCUCGGACUGCAACGCAACAUCACAACCAGCUCGGGUAUCACCAAGCUGCAACAACAUCUCAGAACACAUGAUGUUGACGACAGCCUCCUCGACGUCCCCGGAGGACAGGGCUUUGGAAACAUGCCGAGCACCACUACGGCAUUGUCUUUCUCGAUUCAUCUUUUCAAACUAACGAAACUAAACUCCGAAAUCAAAUACGUCGCAAAUAGCGUCGUUCGCGACGCUCCACGUUACGCCUAUCCCGCUGUCGUGGACAUCAACGAGUGGCAUACCAACAUGCUGCAUCAGCUCGACCAAUGGUCUACAGACACCUCAGCCAUAGACGAUGCUCAUCAAGACAUAUCGACAGGGUUCAUGUCAAAAAUCUGUCGUUCCCGCUAUCUGAAUCUGAAAAUGGUAUUGCUUCGACCGAGUCCCGCCAUUCCAAACCCCUCGCCACAGUCUCUUACUCUCUGCCACGAUGCUGCACUGGAGAGCCUCAGUCUGUACAGUCAGAUGUACAGGAACAAUCAGCUUCUGCACAGUUGGCAAUCUUUUUACUCCAUCGUUCUCAGCAGCAUCACCUUUUUGUACUGCAUCAAGGCAGAAUCUGAGCUCGCGAAAACAUGGGCCGCAAAGCCGGACGCCUUGCUCAUCGAGUUGAGCAAGGGCCUAAACGUUCUCAGCGCCACUGGUGAGCACUGGGCUGGCGCGAAGCGAUGUCGCGACAUUCUCGAGGAGCUCGGCCGGGGAUUGGCUGCGUCGCUGAGAAACAAAGAGGGCGACGGAAGAGCCGAGCCGAGGCGGGCAAAUGGCAGUCUUGCUGGGGUAUCUGUUGAAGCACCUUCGUUGACCGCAGCGCCCUCUUUAGAACCUCCCAACUCCUCUGACGGUGCGACAUCAUUCUCAGCUAUAGACACGAGUGUCAUGCAAGGGUAUGUUGACCUAGGGAGCAACUUUUCGGACCUGUUUACGUCAGAAGGACUUUUUGGGGAGGAUAGUCUUUUGGGCGAUUCUGGUGAUCUGGAUGCGGCGAUGCGAAGCUUGUUCGACGACUUCAUUCCUACUUAUCCAACCGCUUCAUAA